CAGAGUGCUCCUGUGCACUGUGCCGCUCCGCAUGGAUCGGGGCGCCGGGCUGCCGCCGCGCUGAGCCCCGGGCGGAGCUGCUGCGGGCUCCCGGGGUUCCUCCUUCCUCCCCAGCACCCCCGGUCUUCCUCCUCCUCCUUCUCUCUCCUCCGCCCCCCGCCGCCUGCAGCUCGACUACCACUCCGCGGCUCCCUUAGCCGCGGGCACCCGGCGGCUCCUCCCGGCGGCCGGGGCCGCUCGGUGCUGGUGUCGCGGACGGACACGGAGCCCCCAGCCCGGCCCGCAGCCGCCUUGUCAUGCUACCCAAAGUGGAAACGGAGGCCCUGGGACUCGCCCGGUCGAAUGGGGAACAGGGGCAGAUGCCGGAAAACAUGCAAGUGUCUCAGUUUAAAAUGGUGAAUUACUCUUAUGAUGAAGACCUUGAAGAGCUGUGUCCAGUAUGUGGAGACAAAGUGUCUGGGUACCAUUAUGGACUACUCACCUGUGAAAGCUGCAAGGGAUUCUUUAAGCGAACAGUCCAGAAUAACAAAAGGUACACAUGUAUAGAAAAUCAGAAUUGCCAGAUUGACAAAACACAGCGAAAACGAUGUCCUUACUGUCGAUUUCAAAAAUGUCUAAGUGUUGGAAUGAAAUUGGAAGCUGUGCGAGCUGACCGAAUGCGUGGUGGUCGAAACAAGUUUGGACCAAUGUACAAGAGAGACAGGGCAUUGAAGCAGCAGAAGAAAGCUCUUAUCCGAGCCAAUGGACUGAAACUGGAAGCCAUGACUCAGGUGAUCCAAGCAAUGCCAACCGACCUGACAAUAUCCUCUGCAAUCCAGAACAUCCAUUCAGCUUCUAAAGGCCUACCUCUGAACCAUACUGCCUUGCCUCCUACAGACUAUGACAGAAGCCCCUUUGUGACCUCUCCCAUCAGCAUGACAAUGCCACCCCAUGGCAGUUUGCAAGGCUACCAAACCUACGGCCACUUUCCAAGCCGUGCUAUCAAGUCAGAGUACCCUGACCCUUACACCAGCUCACCAGAGUCAAUAAUGGGCUACUCAUACAUGGAUAGUUAUCAAACAAGCUCACCAGCAAGUAUCCCACAUCUGAUAUUGGAACUCCUGAAAUGUGAGCCUGAUGAGCCACAAGUCCAAGCUAAAAUCAUGGCAUAUCUGCAGCAAGAGCAAGCCAACAGAAGCAAACAUGAGAAGCUCAACACAUUCGGGCUUAUGUGUAAAAUGGCUGACCAAACCCUCUUCUCCAUUGUUGAGUGGGCGAGGAGUAGCAUCUUCUUUAGAGAACUUAAGGUUGAUGACCAAAUGAAGUUGCUUCAGAACUGCUGGAGCGAACUCUUAAUCCUGGAUCACAUUUAUCGGCAAGUGGUACAUGGGAAAGAAGGCUCCAUCCUUCUGGUUACUGGGCAACAAGUGGAUUAUUCCGUAAUAGCAUCCCAAGCUGGAGCCACCCUCAACAAUCUUAUGAGCCAUGCACAAGAACUUGUAGCAAAGCUUCGUUCGCUGCAGUUUGACCUACGAGAAUUUGUCUGUCUCAAAUUCCUGGUGCUGUUUAGUUUAGAUGUCAAAAACCUCGAGAACUUCCAGCUUGUGGAAGGUGUUCAGGAACAAGUGAAUGCUGCUCUGCUGGACUACACCAUGUGUAAUUACCCACAGCAAACAGACAAAUUUGGGCAGCUUCUCCUGCGACUACCAGAAAUCCGGGCCAUCAGUAUGCAGGCCGAAGAAUACCUCUACUACAAACACCUGAACGGGGAUGUGCCGUGUAAUAACCUUCUCAUUGAGAUGCUGCAUGCAAAGAGAGCAUAAAUUAUACCCAUUAGAGCUUCUGCUUUCAAGGAAAAGAAAUUAUUCUGAACUGCUCCAAGCAACACUAAUUAAAAUGUGGUUUUAAGACAUUGCAAAAUGGUGUAAUAAUCAAAUACUAAUAGUAAAUAAGUGAUGUAUCAGGGUAUUUGUAUUGCAAACUGUGAAUCAUAUGCUACACAUCCCCAAAGGAAUCUAUAUAGGACUUUAUACUGGAGUGAACUUACCAAGUGGAUACCAUCACCAAUGUCAACAAGAAAAAGGACAGAAUGAUCAUUGUAUAUUUAACUCUGCUGAUUGCCAACAUGAAGAAACCUAAGUGAAAAAAACCCUGAUCUGUAUUAUUGAGCUAAGAUGGUGGGGAAUUUGAGUGCACUAAAUUCCUUCACUGCAUAGAAGGACUCGUAAAACACUCACAACAGAUGCAAAAUGGCAUCUACAGCAUCUUCUGCCAUCCUUACAGGGACCCAACACUUACUUCUUCUGUGCUAAAUGAUGUGGCAUUCAUUGAACAAGCUGUAAGAGAGAGCUGGCCUAGGCCACGUGCUGUGGCUGUGGCCACCAAACCCUCCGAGGCUGGGCCUGCCUGUGGGGCCUGCAAACUGCUCCUAGGAAGAGUCUGGGAUCCAGUUAGCUUGGCAUUCUUAACUGUGCUCUGAAGUUUGUUUUGUCACGUGUUCAUGUUGUUCUACCAGGCAGUAUCCCUUUUCUACUGCUCUUAUCAGAUAGCAGUUAAGCAGCUAAGGAAAUAUUCCAAAAUAAAUUAGCCAAUUCAACUGCAUACUCGACCAGCUGCUAAAAGAUGGCUCCGCUAUAUAUUCAUGGCUGUUUCCAAACAAAGAAAAUAGAGAUAUUUCAGCCAUGCUAAACAACACUUUCUUUGACAAGAAAACAGAAAUUAGAACACCAAAUACUGAUGUUAAAAAACCAAAAAUAAAUUUUUAAAAGAAUUUUGUGAUAAAAGAAGUGACAAGUGAAUUGUACAACUGGAUGAUGCCACGGAGCUUAUUAAGAAAUAAUCUUUAAAAUUGCCAGUAAUUUGGAAACUAAAUUUCAACUCAAACAUCCAAUAUCUAACGAAACUUCCUGUUUUCAAAGUUAGGUAAUAUAUCUACUUUACGCAAAGAAAGAAAAGUGAUACUGCUGUGUCUAUGUAGGCCAAAGUCUGCUGCAGAACAAAUAUUAGAAAAGAACAAACAUUUCUCUCUCUGUCCAAAUGAAGAUAUCAGUAUUAACAUGUAGCGCCACAUUUAUAAGUCUUGCCUUAUUUCAUUACCCUUAAAGGUAACUGCGCAGGUGUAGAUCAACAUACAUUUCAAAAUAAAGUAUUAAUCUCUAGCAUUAACAAAAACAUAGUGUUUACAUUCUUUAGGUCCUGUGGGGAAAAACUGUGAUAAAAUUGCAGAGCAGUGAUUUCCUUAUUAUUUCUUUUAAAUUGGUAAUUAUUUUACCAGUACUUAAUUACUGUAUGUCGUGAGACACUAAAAUCAAUAGGGGUAUUUCAUUUUUACUUUAAUUUUUGAGAUUAUUGGCUGCACAAUCACUUGUAGAAACUGUAUAAAAUCCUAAUAUUUUAAUUUUUUUUCAUGAAGAUUGCUGGCUUUUUAAUAGUUUAUUUAUAUUGUAUAUGAUAGUUUUCACUGUAGACAAUUAUGAUGCUAAUUUAUUGUUCUUUGGUUUCAUCUUUAUAUAAGAUAUAGCCAGAAUGAAGAAGCCAAAUAUAUGUGUUUACUGUAGCAUGUCUUCAAGUUAGUGGAACAUAGUUCAGGGACACAGAAGGGUCUUUACAAAUUAAAAUCAUUCACUUGAUUAAAUGUCUGUAAAUCUUCAUAAUCCUAAAUGUAGUUUAUUUAAAUCUAUUGUAAAUUAUGUGAGUUGUAACUUUUUCUGUUUCAUGUGAACUUGAAAAGGUGCAUUUCUCUCACUUCCAUCCAACCAUUCAUCCAUUGUAUACCAAAGACAUCAGUUAUUACAUCUGCAUUAGUACGAAGCACACUAUUUAACUGCCUGUAUUAAUCAGCUCUAAUAUUCUGUCCAUGCAUAGGGUACCAACACAGCAAAGCCAAGUGUCUGCAACUCCUACAUGCCUGUCUUGUACCACAGCAUACACACACUGUCCUACAGACCUCGAGCAAACCGAGCACAGCCCCUCAGCAUCCCCCAGGGCAGACAGAAACAUUAUUCAAAUACCAGUGCUCUCCCUCAAACAAACAAAUGAAAUUAACAGAAUAGUAAAGAUUGACGUGCCUGUGAAACACAUGAACAAGUUAAGUGUGGUCAUUCUUUCCUUUCAGAAAGAAAAGCAAUGCAUUAAUUCAAGUGUUUGCAUUCUGUAUUUUCUCUUUUUUUUUUCCUGUUGAAAUGCUACAGUGAACUUCACUGAAUAUUAAGGAAAAAGCUGAAAAAUUAUUGCUAAAUAUUCAUAGCACCAUUAUCCAUAUACAGGACAGAAGAAUUAAAAUAAGAAUGUAGAAGAAAGAAACAAUUUAGGUUCAUGAAAAUGCUUUCAGAUAAUUGAACAUGUAUUUGCCUACAUGCGGGGUUCCAAGAAUCCCAUCAUAUUGCCCAAAGUACACGAACAAAACAAAACAAAAAACAAACCACUAAAAAAACCCACUCACGUUAAUUGUUAACUACUUUGUAACCAAGCAUUUUCUUCUGACUGCCUUAUUGAUUACAGGAUAUAUUAGUAAAAGCAGACUAAAAUUCAAAACGGUUUAGCUUUGGCUGGUUUAUUAUAGUUGUUCUGUGUUUGUAAACAGACAAUCUGUAAAGUCUGAUUAUUUGUAUUACAGAUGUUCUGCAGCUGCCUUGGAUUUAAAUCCAUGCAACUCUUAGAAUGUGCAGUGAGUUACUUGUUGAAGUUGAAGUUCUCUUACUGUAUCAGUGAAAUACAUAUUGUCAUGUCAGUUCUUGCCAAGAGUUUCUCAUCACCAAUGGAAUUAUUUUUUUCAGUAUUUCAAUAAAUAUUGA